GCGAGCUCUAGCAGGCCUUUUUGCUCAGACGUUCAGUAACGACCAAGUGUCUGGCAGCAUUGACACGACUUUUGUCGCUUACGACCUCCGAGCACCCCGCCAACGCGCACGAGUAUCGACCCCGCGUUGCGACCAUCACCAUGUCUGCCGCCCCCGAAGCUCCCGCCCAGGAGGUCCCGCCCGCCGCCGUCGGUGAGGCUUCUGCCGACUCCUCGCAGCAGAAGAUCGACCCCUGGAAUGUUUCUGGUGCUGUCGGCGAAGAUGGCAAGAUUCAGGCCAUUGACUACAGGAAACUCGUGGACGAGUUUGGCACCAAGCUCAUCGACGAGGCCAUGCUCGAGCGUUUCGAACGUGUCGUCGGCGUCAAGCCGCACCACCUCCUCCGACGAGGCGUUGUUUUCUCCCACCGCGACCUCGACCUGAUUCUCGACCGAUACGAGAAGAAGCUUCCCUUCUUCAUCUACACUGGCCGUGGUCCCUCUUCUGACUCGAUGCACAUUGGACACGUCAUUCCCUUCACGCUCACCAAGUGGCUGUCGGAUGUACUGGAUGCGCCGCUUGUGAUCAUGAUGACGGAUGAUGAAAAGUUCCUCUUCUCCGAGAAGCGAACGACAUUCCUCUUCAACGACUACGACUACGUUGGCGGCAAGUUCUACGAGACCAUUUCCAAGGUGUCCAAGAGGAUCACUGUCAACACUGCCAAUGCGGCUUUUGGCUUCGAUGGCAGCUCCUCUAUCGGCAAAGCCUCAGCCUCCUUCGCCCCGUCAUUUCCACACAUCUUCGGCACAGAUGAAGCCCGCUCCAGCCAGAUUCCUUGCCUCAUUCCCUGUGCUAUUGACCAAGACCCCUACUUCCGCUUGACCAGAGACAUCAGCCAGGGCCUGAAGUACGCGAAGCCCUCGCUCAUCCAUUCUCGGUUCCUCGACGCCCUGCAGGGACCUGGCUCCAAGAUGUCGGCAUCUGUCGCAUCCUCUGCCAUCUUCAUGUUCGACACACCCAAGCAGGUCCUGUCCAAGAUGAACAAGUACGCUUACAGCGGCGGACGCGAGACGGCGGAAGAGCAACGUGCGCUGGGAGCCAACCCCGAUGUCGAUGUCAGCUAUCAAUAUCUUCGAUUCUUCCUUGAGGUCGGGCAAGAUGAUGACCGGCGAGAUCAAGAAGAGGUAAGGGCUGCCCGCUCCUCAAAGAAUUUUGCACCACUAACGAUAGCCAGGUGUGCCGAGGAGUUGUCCAAAUUCUGCACGGGCUUCCAGGAGAGGAGGGCGAAGGUGACCGAUGAGACUGUCGCACAGUUCAUGGCUCGCCGUCCCUUGGUCUGGCGCGGCUCAGAGGCCCUCGCCGACCUGGCUGUUAGGCCUAGAGCCGAUGGCGAAGGCAAGGCCGAGGGUGAGGGAGAUGGAAAGCUGACGAAGAACCAGCUCAAGAAGCUGGAGAAACAGAGGCAAAUUGAUGCGAAGAAGGCGGCCAAGGCCCAAGAAAAGGGUGCCAAGGAUGCCGGUGUCGCUGAAGCGCCGGCCCCUGCUACCGAGGCGACACCUGCGUCGUCAUAG